CUCACCGGCAGCAAGAGGAGCUUUGAUGCCAUCUCACCGGGUUCAGGCAGCAAGCUGGGGAGCGCUGCAAGAGCGUUCCAGAGAGUGAAGGUGGAGGAGGUGCAAUUCAAAGACCCCCGGCUCAUGGAUAACUCGUACUGGGCCAAGAGUGGGGCGGGCACUGGCUGGGGCGCUAAGGCACAGGAGAUUCUGGGCCAAGUCAGGGGCAG